UCUUUAAUAUAAAAGCUUAAACAUAAUAACUUGCUUUACAUAUAACAACCUUAUAUACAUAUAAACCAGUUUAUGAGCGGGAUUACACUCAUUCCUGGUGUUUGCAUACUCUCAUUCAGUCAAUAAUGGAGCAUUUGAUUUUUAAAGAAUUUGGCAAGAUGGAUGAACUUCAAGAGCCAUCCUCCUGUAUCACCAACACCCAUAGCCUCUGCAGCAGCCCUCCCAGCAGUAAAACUGGCAGUAGUCCAGAAUGCAACGGGGUCCCAGAAAACCGUACCCAAUUGCGGGUGUCUGAGUCACACGGACUUCAGCUGCUGGGCGUGCUCAGAUCGUUCAGGGAGCACGGCUUGCUGUUUGACUUUACCAUAAAAGUCCAGGAACACAGCUUUCCCUGCCACCGCUGUGUCCUUGCAGCAUGCAGUGAUUUCUUCAGGGCCAUGUUUCAGGUGGAUAUGCGAGAGCGUGAUGAAUGUUCGGUAACACUGGGUAACCAGAGUCCAGCGGCGGUGAGUUCCUUCCUGGACUUUGCCUACUCUGGUGAGAUUCUCAUCACGGAUGGAAAUGUGGACAUGCUGUUUCAGCUUGCCUCCUUUUUACAGGUGUCGGUCCUGUCCAGAGCAUGUAGUGACUUCCUGAUAGGAACAAUGGAUCUCUGCAACUGCCUGUCCCUCCUGUCCGUCGCUGAGGCCUACGGAUCCACCUCACUCCUCCAAAAUGCCAAUACGUUUGUGGUUGAGAACUUCAAUGACCUUUCCGAAACCCAGGACUUCCUGGAAAUGCAGAUGAACGUGUUGGAGGCAUGCCUAAGGUCAGACUCCCUAAACGUGCCCAGGGAGGAGGCCGUGGUGAUGUCACUUCUGAAAUGGAUACGCCAUGAUCUUCCUGGAAGACAGAAGUUGCUACCACAACUGUUAUCUCUAACCAGACUCCACCAUCUACCUGUGCCCACACUAAAAACUCUGCGUGACUCAGACUCUCUGCUCUGCAACGAUGAGUCCUGUCUCGCCCUGCUGUCUGAGGCUCAGAGCACACAGAGUCAGUACAGUGGCCUGCUAACUGACGCCAGGCCCGCCACCACACAGAGCUACAUUUAUAUCCACAAGACGGAGGAGAACGGAGAGAUCUGCCACACCUUCUGCUACUGUCUAGAAACAGACAAGUGGAAAGAGCUAGGGAUGGGGAAUGGAGAGGGGACAGCCACGAUGCCAGACCCGCCAGGCUCCUACCUGACUGGCUAUGCUGAGAAGAUGUUUGUCACAGGUGGUUGCCGGGGAAACUGUUGCCGGGCAAUACGUCUACAUGUUGCCGAGCCGUUCCACGAUGCUACAGAUGAGGUUUGGUGCUUCUGUCCUGUGACUCUAACCUGCACACCUGCACCACCAAUGCUGAAACCCCGAACCAUGCACACUGCUGUGACCUGCCUGGACCGAGUUUAUGUCAUUGGGGGACGGACCAAAGGAUCCAGAGGCGGUGCUCCCACUCUGCUAGAGGUGGAGUAUUAUAACCCUCUGUCCCAGAGCUGGUGCUCAGUCAGCCCGCUGCCCAAUGCCAUCUUCUACCCUGAGGCCAGUGCUUGUGGCAGCAUUAUCUAUACGCUGGGAUCAGAGGUGGAGAUCACAGACUCUUUCAACCCCUCACUGGACUGCUUCUAUAGCUAUGAUGCCCAGCAGGACCAGUGGAGCCGCCUUGUGGCAGAGUUCGGCCAGUUCUUCCAUGCUACACUGGUCAAAGCGGUGUCAAUUCAUAAUACACUGCACCUCUGCGACUUGUCCACUUAUAAGGUCUACAGUUUUUGUCCAGAAACCUGUGUGUGGAAGGGUGAGGGGUCGUUUGAGUGUGCAGGGUUCAAUGCUGGAGCACUGGGUAUGAGAGACAGAAUCUACAUCCUAGGUGGAGACUAUUCCCCCGACGAGAUCACCGAUGAAGUUCAGGUGUACCACAGUGGCAGGAGUCAAUGGGAGGAAGUGGCGCCCAUGCCCAGAGCGCUCACUGAGUUCCACUGCCAGCUCAUCAGCUUCAACAAACACAGAGACCCGUGGGGUGACACAGCAUGAUACACAGCAGACAGACAUCAACGUGAACACAUGUGAGUGGAUGAACAUGUGUGCUUCCUGCAUCACGGAUGUAAGCAUGCACCUAUGAGCCUCCCUUGGCUUUCAAACCCCCGUGCAUGACGGACAGCUGCGCUGAACACCUCCAGAGAAAAUGUAAUCCAAGUUUGUCUUGAACUAACACCACAUCUCCCCUCACAGAUCACCAUUACAUGAGACCACCUGAGCCAAAUGAUUUAUUUUUUUAUUUAAAGAUCUGAUCUUUAAAUUUGUAUUUGUGAAGCACCUGCUGUCAUAAGAUCUUUGUGUCAUCAUGUGUCAAUCGAAAUUUGGUCCCUCCCAUGGAGGAACCCUGUUGAGCAGAAGACUAUUUUAGAAAUCCUAUUUUAGUACCUGAAUAUUUUUUGUCUGAUACAUAUGUUUAAAAUAGAGAAUCCACUCAAAAGAACAAUUCACCAUAUCUUUAAAUGUAUCAGCUCUUUUACAGCAAAAAUAUAGACAAGAAGAAUUUGCUUUUGAGGCUCCCUUUACGCAGCUUUCAGAAAGAAUUCAGCCUUAAAUCUUCUCAGAUUUUCUCAUCUUAAGUUCUUUUUUAGCUGAAGGAGAGCUGCUCAUAUACACUAUGUAAAACUGGAUUAAACUAAAAGAAUUUCAUGGCAAUACUGUGUGAAUUAUCUGGGUGGAUUCUCACUUUAAGCUACUUGCCUUUAUUCUGUUUCAGACUGUCAUGUAUCCAUGCAUGCCCUGUUUUUCCUCUCAUGAUACACACAACAACCCUGUAUGUGACCAGAAGAUGGAUCUCUUUCUGUAGCAUAUUCAGUUCUGUUGAAAAGUGGAAAUGUGCAACUUUAUCUUGUCUUGUACUUGCAUCACAGAGAAACACACGCUGUAGCUUCAGUCUAUUAACAAGUAAAAUAACGCAGAAACCAUGA